AGAGGACUCAUGGCCGCCGCCGGGCUGAAGAUGUGUCUGCUGCUGCACCUGCUCGUGUUCAGCUGGUAUAUAUUCACUAUCUGGAGUAACUGCACCCUGCAGACCUCAGACAGACACCCCGGCGUGCGUUCAUACGGAGGCCGCUGGAAGUAUCUGACCUUCAUUAAUCUGGUGCUGCAGGCGGUGUUUUUUGGAUGGUGUGUGUUGGUGGACGUGACGCACAUGCUGGUGCCGGUGAAACACACUCGCAGCGGGACUCCUCUGAGCCUCAGUAAAGCCAGAGACUUCUACUUCACUGCGCUGGCCUUCCCCGUCGGCACUUUUGUGUUUGCUUCGUUCUGGAGUCUCUACACGUACGACCGAGAGCUGGUGUAUCCCAAAAUGUUAGAUGAGAUCAUUCCCAUCUGGCUGAACCAUGCAAUGCACACGGUGAUCAUGCCUUUGCUGCUGCUCCAGAUGUUCCUGCAGAAUCACACGUAUCCCAGUCGCACUAAAGGGAUUGCUGCGCUGGCUCUGUUUUCUGUCCUGUAUUUGUCAUGGGUGUUGUGGGUGCACCACGCCUCAGGGAUCUGGGUGUACCCCAUCAUGGCUCACUUGAGUCCCGUGGGCCUGUGUGUGUUCCUGGGCGGCGCGUCCCUCUCCAUGGCUCCUCUUUACCUGUUAGGAGAGAAGCUCAGCCGCACGAUGUGGAGCUCCACAGGGAAUCAGAAGAAGAAAAAGAAGUAAAUGUCUACUGGAAAACACGUUAACUAUGUGGAUCUCAAUACCAGCCAAACAAAGGGAACAAUGAAGAGCUGACGUGUGUUCUACAAGAGGGGCUUGAUUCGCCCUCGCAAACA